AUGGAAUUUCUAUCCCACGUAAAUGCCAAUGUCUCCGAUGAUCCACAAUAUAAACGGUCUGUGGAACCACCAUUUCCGGAAACUUUCGAUAAAGAUGAUGUAUAUAAAUUGAAUGCAUCCAAUAGAACAUAUGAACGUCAAUUCUAUUCAAUGUAUCAAUAUAGAUUAAAUACACUCAAGAAUAGAGUUGAUACAAAUGCAAUGAAGAAAUGGGGGGAUGGUACCAAAAAACUGGCCCAAGGGGCCCUGUAUAUUACCAGAAAGGAUAAGAUAUUGGAUAUCAAGAGUGGAGAAACUUGUUGGGUAAGUGGUACAGUAUUUUGUGAUUUAAGUAAGAAAUUAAACAUUCUUCAAGAUGUUGAAAAGGGGAAAGAUGAUACUUUACCAGGGGUACCCAAAUCUUACAGUGAUGAUAAGGAGGAAGCUGUGGUUAUGCUUGAAGAUGAAUCAGGAAGAGCAAUCUUACGUAGUCAUAGUAAUGAUCUUUUAGAUUUAAAUUUAUUAGUAACGGGGUGUAUAGUGGCAGUUUUAGGUGAAGAAGUUCAAGCCGGUAUAUUUGAUAUCAUUGAUAUUGUAUAUCCCACCACAAGUCCACAAAGACCAUUAUUACCAAUAUCAUCAUCAUCAUCAGGCACAGCUAGUAAGAAAAUAGCCAUUGUAUCAGGUUUAAAUAUGGGUAAUGAAGAAGAUAUCAAGGUUGAACUUUUACUGCAAUUUCUUGGAGGAGAAUUAGGAGGAGAUAAAGAGAUUGAAUUGAGUUCAAGAAUUAAUCAUUUAAUUAUUGCAGGUGAUUCAAUAUUACCAUUAGAAACAAUUAAUGAUGAAGAUUAUAGUGCAGGGCUUAAUAAUAAUUAUGGAUCUAAAAAUGUUUCAAAAGUUAACAUUGAAACAGUGGGGAAAUUUGAUAAUUUCAUAAGGGGAAUCUUGCCAAGUAUUCCAAUUACAAUCAUGUCUGGAGAAAAGGACCCAGUAGAGUGUUGUCUCCCACAACAACCAAUCCACAAGUCUUUCUUGGCCAAUUGUAAACCGUACGUUGGCAGUGAAAGCUUGACUUUGACUACAAAUCCAACUUGGAUUGAAGAACCUACAAGAUCAAUUAGAUUACUUGGAACUUCAGGACAAAAUAUUUCUGAUAUUCUUAAAUAUCUCACAUCAACUCAAUUGCAAGCAAAGGGUGAUGACGUGAGCUUGCAGGUGUUGGAGUCCUGCAUCCAUUGGCAGAACAUUGCACCCACAGCACCUGAUACAUUGUAUUGUUACCCAUUUGAUAAUUCAGAUCCAUUUACUCUUUCAAAUGAGACUCCACAUGUUUUGUUUGCUGGUAAUCAAGAUAACUACGCUACAACCACCAAGAAUUGGAAACUAGAUGCUGAUGGAGAUGAAAUUUCAGUUCGUUUGAUUUCGGUGCCGCGGUUUGCCCAGUCGGGACAGUUGGUGUUGCUUGAUGUUGACACUUUGGAGUGCGAGGUUAUCACCAUCUAUAAAUAG